AACAAGCCUCCCGCCCAGUCACAACACAGCGGAGUGGAGGUCGCUGCCGCUGCCGCCGCUGCCGCCACCGCACUUCCUGGGACCGCCGCGUCAACGUCCGAGGACAAGUGGUGGUGCGCCGGGCUACAGUCGCCCCGCUCCGGCCACCCUUGGACCGCGCGCCUUCUGACCCAGAAGGCCGCCUGGCCAAGGGUCGGGUGCCUUUUGUUCGGCGCAGAGCGGGCGUUUGCAUCUCGUUUUGGACACCUCCCUCUCCUUUCCGCCUCUUCUCCCUCCCGCUAAAAUCUCCAACCCAAUCCCGCCGCCGUUAGCUUGCCGGCCUCCUGGACCAAAGCCCGCGGACGUCUCUGCCUGAAGCGAUGUCUCCUCUCCAGAAAGUUGCCGCCGUUGCCGCCUCCGGGCGGUGAAACAAAGUCUGGAGGGGCCGCCUCCGGGUGCAUGAGCGCGCCUGUGCCUGGCGGCUGGACUUCGUUCCCGGGCGUGCAGUCAUCCGCCGGGAACCCCGAAACGCGUCCGGCCAUGGCCGAGGGCGCUGCAGGCAAGGAGGGUCCGGCGCCGCCCGAUGCGGCGGGGGCUGAAGAUGACCCCCGGGUGGGCCCGGACGCCGCCUCCGGGGAUGGUGUGACGGCUGGCUUUGCGGGAAGGACGAGGGACCGUCGCAGCAGUAUAGCACUACCCGGCGCCGUGGGGACCCCCGCUGAGAGCGACGCCGGCCUCUUGGAGGCGGCGCGGGCGACCCCCCGACGCAGCAGCAUCAUCAAGGAUCCUUCAAAUCAAAAAUGUGGUGGAAGAAAGAAAACUGUGUCUUUCAGCAGCAUGCCAUCAGAAAAGAAAAUUAGCAGUGCGAGCGACUGCAUCAGCUUCAUGCAAGCUGGCUGUGAACUGAAGAAAGUCCGGCCAAACUCUCGCAUUUACAACCGAUUUUUUACUCUAGACACAGACCUGCAAGCUCUUCGCUGGGAACCUUCCAAGAAAGACCUUGAGAAAGCUAAGCUUGAUAUUUCUGCCAUAAAAGAGAUUAGACUGGGCAAGAAUACGGAAACGUUUAGAAACAAUGGGCUUGCUGACCAGAUUUGUGAGGACUGUGCCUUUUCUAUACUUCACGGGGAAAACUAUGAGCCUCUGGACCUAGUUGCCAAUUCAGCCGACGUAGCAAACAUUUGGGUGUCAGGGUUACGGUACCUGGUUUCUCGAAGUAAGCAACCCCUUGAUUUUAUGGAGGACAACCAGAACACACCAAGGUUCAUGUGGCUGAAAACAGUAUUUGAAGCAGCGGAUAUUGACGGCAAUGGGAUUAUGUUGGAAGACACCUCUGUAGAGUUAAUAAAACAACUCAACCCUACUCUGAAGGAAUCAAAGAUCAGGUUAAAGUUUAAAGAAAUCCAGAAGAGCAAAGAAAAACUAACUACCCGAGUGACAGAGGAGGAAUUUUGUGAAGCUUUUUGUGAACUUUGCACCAGGCCAGAAGUGUAUUUCUUACUUGUACAGAUCUCUAAAAACAAAGAAUAUUUGGAUGCCAAUGAUCUCAUGCUCUUUUUAGAAGCUGAGCAAGGAGUCACUCAUAUCACUGAGGAUAUGUGCUUAGACAUUAUUCGGAGACACGAACUUUCUGAAGAGGGACGUCAAAAAGGGUUUCUUGCAAUCGAUGGCUUUACCCAGUAUUUGUUGUCACCAGAAUGUGACAUUUUCGAUCCUGAACAAAAGAAAGUUGCCCAAGAUAUGACCCGGCCAUUGUCUCACUACUACAUCAACGCCUCUCACAACACCUAUCUGACAGAAGACCAGUUUAGGGGGCCAGUUGAUAUUAAUGGGUUUGUCAGAGCUUUGAAAAUGGGCUGUCGAAGCAUUGAACUGGAUGUAAGUGAUGGUCCAGACAAUGAACCAAUCCUUUGUAAUCGAAAUAACAUGACAACACACCUUUCUUUCCAAAGUGUCAUUGAGGUGAUAAAUAAAUUUGCCUUUGUUGCUUUUGAAUACCCACUCAUUCUUUGCUUGGGUAAUCACUGCUCCCUGCCACAGCAGAAGGUAAUGGCUCAACAGAUGAAAAAAGUCUUUGGCAAUAAACUCUACACUGAAGCACCUUUGCCGUCAGAAUCCUACCUCCCAUCGCCAGAAAAAUUGAGAAGGAAGAUCAUUGUGAAAGGAAAGAAAUUGCCUCCUGAUCCAGAUGUUUUGGAAGGAGAAGUAACAGAUGAAGAUGAAGAAGCUGAAAUGUCUCGAAGGAUGUCAGUAGACUACAAUGGUGAGCAGAAACAAAUCUGGCUCUGUAAGGAGCUCUCUGAUUUGGUAUCUAUUUGUAAAUCUGUUCAGUACAGGGAUUUUGAACUGUCCAUGAAAAGCCAAAACUAUUGGGAAAUUUGCUCCUUUAGUGAAACAGAGGCCAGCCGAAUUGCCAAUGAAUACCCAGAGGAUUUUGUAAAUUAUAAUAAGAAGUUCUUAUCAAGAAUCUAUCCCAGUGCCAUGAGAAUUGACUCCAGCAACUUGAAUCCACAGGACUUUUGGAAUUGUGGCUGUCAGAUUGUGGCAAUGAAUUUUCAGACCCCGGGUCCCAUGAUGGACCUUCACACAGGCUGGUUUCUUCAGAAUGGAGGAUGUGGUUAUGUUCUAAGGCCUUCUAUCAUGCGAGAUGAAGUUUCUUACUUUAGUGCAAAUACAAAGGGCAUUGUACCUGGAGUGUCUCCUCUAGUACUUCAUAUCAAGAUCAUCAGUGGUCAGAAUUUCCCAAAGCCCAAAGGAGCUUGUGCCAAAGGGGAUGUCAUUGAUCCCUACGUUUGUAUAGAGAUUCAUGGAAUUCCUGCAGACUGCUCAGAGCAAAGAACUAAAACUGUACAACAAAACAGUGAUAAUCCUAUUUUUGAUGAAACGUUUGAGUUUCAAGUUAACCUACCUGAGCUGGCCAUGAUCCGUUUUGUUGUUCUCGAUGAUGAUUACAUUGGAGAUGAGUUUAUAGGACAAUAUACAAUUCCAUUUGAAUGUUUGCAGCUUGGGUACCGGCAUGUUCCCCUGCGCUCUUUUGUGGGUGACAUCAUGGAGCAUGUAACCCUUUUUGUCCACAUAGCAAUAACAAAUCGAAGUGGAGGAGGAAAGGCACAGAAGCGCAGCCUUUCAGUGAGAAUGGGAAAGAAAGUUCGGGAAUAUACCAUGCUCAGGAAUGUCGGUCUUAAAAUCAUAGAUGACAUCUUUAAAAUAGCAGUUCAUCCCUUACGAGAAGCCAUAGAUAUGAGAGAAAAUAUGCAGAAUGCGAUAGUGUCUAUUAAGGAGCUGUGUGGACUCCCUCCAAUUGCCAGUCUGAAGCAGUGCCUGCUGACCUUGUCCUCUCGGCUCGUCACCAGUGACAACACGCCUUCAGUCUCUCUUGUGAUGAAAGACAACUUUCCUUAUCUAGAGCCUCUGGGGACAAUUCCAGAUGUGCAGAAGAAGAUGCUGACUGCUUAUGAUCUGAUGAUUCAAGAGAGCCGGUUUCUCAUAGACACGGCAGACACAGUCCAUGAAAAGAUUGUACAGUGUCAGAAAGCAGGGAUGGAAUUCCACGAAGAACUUCAUAAUCUGGGGGCAAAAGAAGGCUUGAAAGGAAGAAAACUUAAUAAGGCAACUGAGAGUUUUGCUUGGAACAUUACAGUAUUGAAGGGCCAAGGAGAUCUGCUGAAGAAUGCUAAGAAUGAAGCUCUAGAAAACAUGAAGCAGAUCCAGCUUGCUUGCUUGUCCUGUGGACUGAGUAAAGGCCCCAGCGGCAGCACAGAUGCCAAAAACAAGCGCAGCCUGGAAGCGAUAGAAGAAAAGGAAAGUGGUGAGGAGAAUGGCAAGAACGGGAAGCCAUGAGCCUGAACAGUUCAGCACCAACAUGUUCAUCCACCCUUCCUGUCAAGAACUCUGCCAUUUCUUUCUUUUCUUCUUUCUUUCAGCUUCUAGAAAUUCAUAAAGGAUGCCCUCUAUAGGGUGUUCGUCAUAAACAGAUAUUUUCACAAUGUCAGUAUUUUAAUGCAGUUAAUUUAUCUAAGUUAAAACCCUUAGUACCAGUGUCUUAAAAUCUGAGAUGUGUACACAUGCGUGGUGAGUGUGUAUGUGUAAGUGUGUGUUUGUGUGUGUGAGAGAGAGAGAGAGAGAGAGAGAAUCCUAUAAAAUCUAUUCUGUGUUCCAUUAUCCAUUUAGUAAGUUAUUCCUUUAUCAUUUUGGGACAAACUUGUUAAUUUGAAAUUCUGAAGAGCACUUACUGUAAUACUGUUAUCAUACUUAAUUUUACUUCUCUGCCUUUGUCAUUUAAUUUAGAGAUCUUAACAUAGCUUACUAUUGAAAGAACCUAAAUGCACCAAUGCAUAGAUGUCCUGAUAGGUUAAAUAUAGAUUAGAAAAAUUCUUAAAAAUCACAGUAGACAUAAAAGUGAGUGAAAGUGAACAAAUGAUCAGAAUUCUGGAAAGAUCAGCAAAACCGUUCCUUCAGUUAGGGAACUCUUUAAAAUAUUUAUUAAAUAAAAUCAAUUUUUAGAAAGUUUUUUGUAGUAGUUUACUAAACAGAUCUGCUUUCAGUAGAAAAAUUGAUCAUAAGUGAAUUUAUACCUGCCUAAGAAAUGCUGAUGAAACUCUGUUUGAGACCUAUGAAACUCUGAAUCACAAGUGUAAACUUUUUGUAAUUAGGAUUCUGAAAUGAAAAUAAUAUUCAGUUGUGAAAUUUUAGGCUUGAGAUCUGUAGAAAAGUUUUAUUCUUUCAAACUCAGAGUCUAGCAUUCAUUUUUUUUUUAAUAGUCAUGGGCAGCUAAGAGGUCUUAGCGCUGAAUGGAUUUAAUUUAGAGUACUAAAUUUAAAUGUAAAAAUAUUGUUCAAACAAUCCAUAUCAUCAUGUUGAGCAAAUAUAAAUUUUGUAGGUCAGAGAACAACUUUGUGAUGAUUUAAGAACUACCUGAUUAUAAAACAUCUAUAAUAUAAUUUUAAGAUAUGCAAAAAUCCACAUACACACAAAAAGAAGGGAAUGCUAAUUAGGAUACAUUUGUAAUUGCAUCUAGAUCAUUUUCAUCCCAAUGUCUUCAUAAAGUACUUGAGUAUGAUAUAUUUGUUACCUCCAACAGAACUACAUGUUCUAUGGUUAUGGAAAAAUAUAUUUAUUUAAGGCAUUGCUUUUAUUUUGAAAAGCUUCUUAAUUAAUUUGAUUAACAAAUAUGCUAAUUUGGGGAAACUUAGGGAAGAGAAUUGUUGAAAUUUUGCAAGUUUAAAAAUCUUCUAUAGCUACUGUGUUAAGUUAUUCCUGACUUCUUCUUAACACUAUUACGUUCAUGUUGCACAUUACUGAAAGAGUAAAGAUAUAAAACAACA